GCCAAGGCAGGCAGGAGGCGCUACAAGACUUUCAUGAUCGACGAAAUCCUCUCCAAGGAGACGUGCGAUUACUUCGAGAAACUUUCUCUCUAUUCCGUCUGUCCGUCCCUCCUGGUCCGGCCCAAGCCGCUGCACUCCUGCGCGGGGUCCCCUUCUCUGAGGGCAUAUCCUCUCAUCUCCGUUAUCACCAGGCAGCCCUCUGUGGUCCCUCACCUCGUUCCAGCUGCCACCAGCUCCCAUGUGCUGCCAGCCCAGACCUCAGCGACUGCGAGCUCAGAGACGCCAGCCAGCGAGACCCACGGCAGCAGCGAGUCAGAGGCAGAGCAGCCCACACCUCGGUUAAAAAAGCCACGCCGGAGUCGGACCAUCUUCACAGAGCUCCAGCUGAUGGGCUUGGAGAAGAAAUUCCAGAAGCAGAAGUAUUUGUCUACACCUGACAGGCUCGACUUGGCGCAGUCGCUGGGGCUGACCCAGCUCCAGGUGAAGACAUGGUACCAGAACCGCAGGAUGAAGUGGAAGAAAAUGGUGUUGAAAGGUGGGCAGGAAGCUCCAACAAAGCCCAAAGGCCGUCCAAAGAAAAACUCCAUUCCCACCUCAGAGGAAAUUGAAGCAGAAGAGAAAAUGAACAGCCAGGCUCAGAGUCAGGAGGCGGAGGGAUCUCAAGCCCCCGAGGAGCCUAAAGUGGCAGAAGAGAAGCCAGAAGUCUCUUUGGAGACAGAAAAGUCUCCAGAACAUAUACCAGAGCCCUCCUCAGAGGAGGCUACGCCAUUAAGUUAAAGGGAAAAGAGAAGGGAAAGGGAAAAAAAGAAAAAGCAACGAGGGAAACCAAAACCAAAUAUAUAUAUGUAUGUAUAUAUAUAUAUUUAAAUAUGUAUGUAAUUGUUGGUGUGUACAUAUAUAUAUAAAUAUAUAUAUAUAUAUAUGUAGACCUUGUGUAUAAGUUGAAAGAUUGGUCACUUUGUGCCUUUGGGAAUCAGCCAUCAUGGGCCACGGUGGAACAAAGAUGUCCAGUGUGAGCAGUGGCACAUGUAUGCCUUCCCACAGAGAACGAUGGAGGCCUGGAUGUAUUUCCAGAAAAAACGUGUCCAGAAACCCCAGACAGCUCCUGGCAAAUAAAGGAGAAGGCCAGGGCUCCUUUCCUGGAGAGGGAGGCAGAUGUGUAGUGGUUCAGCUGUGUUGGAGGGUUCCGUGUGUUCGCUUGGCUUUAUCCUUGCCUUUAAAAGUAGUGCAAAUGGACUUGGCCUGGUCUUGGAUCAGGGACAGCAAAGAAAUGGGGAGCUCUCACAGCACCAUUUCGACUUGUAACCAGCACUUAUUUCUGUUAGGGAUGGGCCCAACUUAAACAUUUUGGGGGAAGAGUUCAGACACAUGGGUUUGCUUUGGCCCAGUAAAGAGACCAAAGCUUCUGAAGAGAGACUCAUACCCAGGUCAGCACUCAGAUUUCGUGUCUCAUGGUUAUUUGGGUGCCGUGUCUGUAAAUUUGCAGUGAUCCAGGAUAAAACAUCGAAGGGGAUGAGGGUUUGGAUUUGAGUCUGCUCCAAAAGCUUUGGAACGCUUGGAUCUGGGAUUUUUGCUUUGGGCCCACUUCUAGUUUUUCUAGGAUUUUUAAAGAACAUUUAAAUGUUUCCAGGGUUUUGGGAGAAGGAUGGAUUUAAGAAGUUGCUGCGGAAAGUUCGCGUUUGUUUAAGAUGUGUGCCAAGAAUAGACGUGCAUCGUGUUUCCUAAAGUCUUGUUAAGGGUGCAUUUUGCCCAAAGGCUGCAAGAGAUGUAUUAAGAUAACCUUUAUUUUUUAAUUAAAACUGAAAUAUAUAAACAAA